AUGAAUAACAUUGUUAAAAAAUGCUUUUUAUGCCAAAAAGAGCUCACAACCAGCCAUAUACUAAGCGGUUGUGAGAGUAAUCUUGCACGAAUCAAUUAUAUAACCAGGCAUGAUGCAAUAUUAGCAUCGAUUACAAAUAGCAUAUUAAAGGCAAUAGGUUCAAAAUAUAUGCCGUUAUGCGAAUUAAGAAACUUGAAAGAGUGCAACAUAAUUGGUAAAGACUGGUCAAUCGGUUUCAAUUUACCUCAACUUAUGGAAGUAGGACAGACUAGAGAACAAUAUGAACAAGUCUUCGAACCUUUAGAUGAUCGCAGAAGAUCAGUUAAGAAGAUAGUUUAUAAUAGAUCUGACUUAGUUUUGGUUAACCAUAAAUUAAAAAAGGUAAUACUGCUAGAAGUAGCAGUAGUUGGCAAUCCAUGGCUUCUUCAACAACAAGUUGAAAUAAAGCGAGUAAGGUAUAUGGUGAACUCGCAAGAAGUGAUCGGCCCUGAUAAUUAUCAAACAGUAAAUAGAGCAUAUAAUAUGAACGAUCACUUCAAAAAGAAGUACGGUAAAGACUAUCAAAUUAGUUUUAUACCUUUUAUAAUGAGCGCAUAUGGUGAAAUAAGUCCAGGUUUUAUGGAAGGCCUCAUGAAACCAUUAGAAGUGUUGAUGAAGAAGCAACACAUCAAGGCUAUGACAGAAAAUGCAAGCAGAACUGCUGCCGUGAAUACAGCUUACACAAUAAGGUAUUGGUUAAGUAUGUUACAAGGAUAA